ACAAAGGUUCACCGGUUAAACUAUCCCAAACUAUAGUGGUUUCUCUUUGGUUCGUAAUUCCGAUAGCAGCUAUCUCGCUUACGUUGAUGUUUAAUUUGCCUAGAUUGUCGCAGGUUACUUUAAUGGUUUCUAUUACAGCGUUGAGUAUUUCCUUGGGGUCUUGCUCGAACCAGCCUUCUUGAGGCACGAUGGAUUCGAUGGGUAUCUGAUGAUACGUGAGGACUUCUGCGGUUUUCGAGGCAAACACCUGUACGACCGAUAAAAAGAUAUUUGUAUAAUGAAAUUGAUAAUAAGACUUACCAGAAAUCGAGUGCUGGAGGUUCCCUCGUCGAUGGCUCCUAUUAGAGGACCGUACUUUAAAAGGGUGUUGUUUUCUUCGGGGAAUAAAUCUUCCAUUUUGUCUAAUAUUAUCGAAGGAAUGUCCAGUGCAGAUAGGGACACUAAAUCCUUGUCUUCUCCAGAACCGUCGGUGGCAUUAUCCAUUAUAGUCCAGUCAUUUUCGUCGAAACUUAAUAUAUCAUUUAAAUUACUAGUGGUAUAACCGAUGGGAAAAUAUGUGCUGGUGUUACUUUUUGCUAAAUUCCCCGAAUUGGAUUCUACGAUAUUCGAAAUGCUCGGAACGUCCGGAAGGUACAAGGAUGAAGUAAUAACGUCUCUUUCGAUUGCGAGCGUCGAAAUUUUACCCGUACACGAACAGAGUUCCUUUAUUUCACCGUCUAUGAAGGCUUUUAUUCCGGCCCUUUUCACCGCACAAGUGCACAAAUCGUUCACCGUUUCCUCUACGAAUUGUUGUAUUUCGUCUACGCCUUCUUCUUCGGCUUUUACUGUCGCUUGUUCAGGUUUAUUAUUAUCGUUAUCGGUAUCAUUAACGUUUUGAUCGUUCAUCGAUUUUAUUAUUUCAAAUGUACACAAAUAACCUUCAAUUUUUUAAAAUCGGUGUCACUGUCAAAUGAACUGUCAAAAUUCAAAACAAAUAAACGUCAAUUUUAGCUAACAGUUGUGUUAUAGGUAAUAUGCUGUAAUGGUGGUUGGAUAUACCAAGGAUGAGUUAGAAGUCAGGAUCGGAUUUAGGGUGUAAAACUUUGUAGGGGCGGAUUUAAUAUAAGGAAUAUCGUUUGUAUUAUUAAUGUAUUGAAAAAUCGGUGUAAUUUGUGUAUUAUAGGGUUAUGCAAGUUUUGUUAUGUAACAAAUAUUGAUGAAGUAGCAGAAUUAUUUUAUAAGCAAUUAAUGCAGGUAAGCAAAUUUAAUUAGAAUUUACAAAAAUUACUAGUCUGUCGUAAAUUUUUCGAAAGUAUAUAGUACAAUAAAGAUUGUCUAAUUAAAAUGUUUAAUUUUCGAGUGGCGAUACUAUUUUUUGGACUUUGUAAAAUCGCAUGUUGUUCGGACAAAAGGGGUGAGUUUUUCGAAAAUUUGGCUGAAUACUUAUUCAAUUAAGGUAUUUUAGACAAUAUUUACAGCAAUUUACCUCCGAUUUUCCACAUUGACGAUCUCGAAUCGUGCGAAAAGCAAGAGAAAUUGUUUUGCCAAGUGAAUAUUGCACUCCAACCUGUCAGUAGAAAUUUCUCCAAAAACUGGAAACUGAUACAACAUUCGAUUUCCGAUAAAACAGCAUACAAUCACAACGAGCUAUUUCACGCGAUUUGCUUGCAAGAUUUUUGCCCCGGGACUUCACUCGACGGUAACGAACCCGUAGAAAAUGCAAUUACAAACUGUUAUCGACAAAAAUAUACUUCCAUGGGAUUAACAGCUAAUAUAACAUACUUGAAAUGCGGCAACUCAAACCAAAAACACCCUCUAAGUUUCAUAGAUAAGUUAUCAUUGGUAAUUGUUGUUAAUUACAUUUUGUUUCUAAUUAUAUCUACUCUAAUUUGUUACGUAUAUCCCAAAACUUUUCCAGCUAACAGCUUUGUAGCGCAAUUUUCUCUGAUAAAAAAUUUCGAAAAAUUCAUCAGAGUUAAUAGAGACGCGGAAUUUCAGAAAUUGAAGUGUAUACAAGGCAUCCGCUUCUACAACAUGUUGUUAAUUAUAUUUUUCCACACUUACACCAGCUAUGUAGGAGGAUAUCUGGAGAACACCGAAUAUUUGGAAAACUUGCCGAAAAAUAUCGUAAAGUUGGGUUUGAGGAAUUUUAUGCUGUUUUUAGUCCAAACAUUCUUCCUGUUUUCCUCGUUUCUAAUGUCCUAUCAUUUUUACCAAACGGUACACAAUAGAAACAAAUUCGAUGUAAAAGUUGUUCUAUUAACGUUCCUGAACAGAUAUUUCAGGAUCCUUCCACCGCUGGCUGUGUUGAUUUCGAUGGUUACAUGGAUAGCGAAUUUUUGCGAUGGGCCAGUAAAAGAAAUCUAUUCCGACGUGGAAUACUAUAAUUGCAAAAAUAAUUGGUGGGUCUCGUUGCUUUUCAUCAACAAUCACUACAAACCCGGAGAAAUGUGUUAUUUCACUACGUGGUAUUUAGCAGCAGAUACCCAACUGUACGCUCUAUCUCUGGUAGUUUUAUCUAUUAUAUGGAAGUAUAAAAAACGGGCUAAUUACAUUCUAACGUUUUUCGUUUUUAUUGGUAUUUUCGCCUCUUUUAUUACUUCUUACGUUUACAAUUUGGACUUCAUUUACCGGCUCACUCCAGAGAACGUUAAAACCAAUAACUUCAGAUCGUUUUUCUUUAAUGCCGUGUAUUCCUCUACUUACACGAACAUGGCCACUUACAUGAUAGGCGUGUGGUUGGGCAUUGUUUAUUACAAAUCGGAAAAAAUCGGAGAAUAUCGCAAAAGAAGGAUAUCUUUUGCGUUUUGGUUGGUUUUAUUCGCAGGAUUACCUAUCGCUGUUGUGAUAGUUUCUUCCUUUUAUUAUUCGAGGUUCGCCGGGGCUCUUUUAAGCGGUAUUUUAAAGCCUUUGUAUGCAAUGGGAAUAGCUGUUGGGAUAUACGGGAUGUCCUCUGGUGUAGGAGGAUACAUUAAGGCUGUUUGUGAGUGGAAGCCGGUGUUGAUAUUGGGUAAUUUGACCUAUUGCACGUACCUUGUGCAAAUUAUAGUGGUGUUUCACAGAACUGCUACGAUGAGAAGGCCGUUUUAUGUGUCCGAUUUUGUGCUGAUCAAAUCGUUCGCAAGAGACGCGAUUUUGUCAUUUACGUGCGGGUUUUUUAUGCAUAUAUUCUUCGAAAUUCCGGCGGCGAAUGUUAAAAAUUUAUUAUUACCACGAAUAAGGCACCAAAAGAAUGAAAAUAACGAUAAAAGAACUGAAUAAAUC